ACUUUCAAAUGUGACAAUAUCAAAAUCUUCAGAUUUUGCAGCUGGGGCCAAUUUAAAGCUAAAGCAACCCCAUGUGCUAACGAAGCCGCCCAGAUUCAAGAUUCCAGAAGAAAGAAGAAAUAACCCAUUAAAUGUUUCAUCAAAUGGUGGGUUUCUGAGAAAUUAGUGGCCUCCUCGUUGGGAUUCUGAACCGCUUGAACGAGGUUGGAGAAGGAGAAGAUGACAAAAGGAAACGAUGGGAAUGGGAUCCCAGAGGAAGAUUUUGAAUCAAACUUCGACAAAAAUGGGGAGGAGAAUGAUAGCCCAAUUGAGGAAGUGAGGCUCACAGUGCCACCAACAGAUGACCCAUUAGAGCUAGCCUUGACAUUCAGGACAUGGGUUCUUGGGCUAACAUCUUGCUGUCUUUUGGCUUUUGUGAACCAAUUCUUUGGUUUUCGCCAGAAUCAGCUGUAUGUUUCUUCAGUUUCUGCACAGAUUCUUGUUCUUCCUCUUGGAAAGUUGAUGGCUGCAACAUUUCCAGCUACCCCACUUCGAAUUCCACUCACUAAGUGGUCAUUUUCGAUGAAUCCUGGGCCGUUUACUCUCAAAGAACAUGUUUUGAUCACCAUUUUCGCCAAUUCUGGAUCGAAUAGUGUUUAUGCUUUGAAUAUCGUCACGAUUGUUAAGGCGUUUUACCAUAGAAAUCUUCAUCCUCUUGCAGCCAUGUUGCUGUCCCAAACGACUCAGAUGCUAGGCUACGGAUGGGCUGGAUUGUUCAGAAGAUUCCUAGUUGACUCCCCUUACAUGUGGUGGCCUGCAAAUCUAGUUCAAGUCUCUCUAUUCAGGGCAUUACAUGAAAAAGACAAGAGACCAAGAGGAGGACACACAAGGCUACAAUUCUUCUUCAUGGUUUUCAUAUCAAGUUUUGCUUACUACGUCGUCCCGAGCUACCUCUUCCCUUCAAUAUCAUGCAUCUCAUUUGUUUGUUUGAUAUGGCGAAACUCCGUCACAGCCCAACAGAUCGGUUCCGGCCUUCGUGGCCUUGGCAUUGGCUCAUUCGGGAUCGACUGGUCGACCGUUGCUGGCUUCCUCGGAAGCCCUCUAGCCACACCUGGUUUCGCCAUCGUCAACAUCUUGAUUGGUUUCGUCAUGGUCGUUUAUGUACUAAACCCCAUUGUUUACUGGUUUAAUCUUUAUGAAGCUAAGCGAUUCCCGAUGAUUUCAGCUCAUACUUUCGACUUCACUGGAAGAACUUACAAUAUUUCUCGGAUUCUUAAUGCCAAAACGUUUGAUAUAGAUCAAGCAAACUAUGAUGGCUAUAGCAAACUCUAUGUCAGUGCCUUCUUUGCUUUUAACUAUGGGUUGAGUUUUGCCAUUUUGACAGCAACUAUCUCGCAUGUUGCUCUUUUUCAUGGAAAAACAAUCUGGCAGAUGUGGAUAAAGACAGCAAGUGCAGCUGGGGAUCAGCUGGGAGAUGUGCAUACUAGACUGAUGAAGAAGAAUUACAAGCAAGUUCCUCAGUGGUGGUUCUAUGUCGUGUUGAUAAUAAUGAUGGCGUUUGCGUUGUAUGCUUGUGAAGGCUUUGAUAAACAGCUCCAACUUCCUUGGUGGGGGAUUUUAUUAGCUUGUGGGAUUGCUCUGUUCUUCACCUUACCCAUUGGGAUCAUUCAAGCUACUACCAAUGUGCAACCAGGGCUUAACGUGGUUACCGAGCUGAUUAUUGGGUAUAUUUAUCCCGGGAGGCCGCUAGCUAACGUGACGUUCAAGACGUAUGGAUAUAUCAGUAUGUCACAAGCUCUGAUGUUUCUUAGUGACUUCAAACUAGGUCACUAUAUGAAGAUUCCCCCGAGAUCAAUGUUCCUAGUUCAGUUAGUUGGAACAGUAGUUGCUUCAAGUGUCUACUUCGGCACGGCCUGGUGGCUUCUUACAACCGUCGACCACAUCUGCGACCCAGCCUUGCUUCCCGAAGGAAGUCCAUGGACAUGCCCGGGUGACGACGUGUUCUACAACGCAUCCAUCAUAUGGGGAGUCGUCGGGCCACUCCGAAUGUUCGGAAAGCUAGGCAUUUACCCACAGAUGAACUGGUUCUUCCUUGUCGGCUUACUUGCUCCUGUUCCUGUCUGGUGGCUAUCCCGCAAGUUUCCCGACCAAAAGUGGAUUAGGCUUAUAAACAUGCCCAUCAUCUUUGGAGGUGGCUUGGGCAUUCCACCAGCUAGAGCAGUGAACUACCUGACAUGGGGGGCUGUCGGGAUUUUCUUUAACUUCUAUGUCUACAGGAAGUACAAGGGAUGGUGGGCUAGGCAUAACUAUAUCUUGUCAGCUGCUUUGGAUGCUGGGGUUGCUUUCAUGGGGGUUCUUAUCUAUUUCACCCUUCAAUCGAAGGAUAUAAUUGGUCCGAACUGGUGGGGGCUCGACAGCACGGACCGUUGUCCGUUGGCCACGUGUCCUACUGCACCCGGGAUCGUGGUUAAAGGGUGCCCUGUUCAUUGAAGUUCUGUCCGUAAUAGAAGGUGUGAGUGUCUGUAGUGUGCUGCUGCUAUAUAUGUUGAUAGCAUAUUGUAGGAUUCAUUAGUUUACUAAGAAUCAGCAUUUGUAAUCGCAUCAAGAACGAGAAGCGUUUUUGAAAUAAUGGUAUCGGUUUUUAUCAUGAA